AUGAAGUUUGUCGAGCUGGGGGACUCCAUCAGUCGCUUCAGGUUUGCUCAGUCCUGUGUUGGAUUGGCAGGGUGUCUGUGUGUGUGCUAUGCAGUCUGGACACCUUACUGGCUGAAUGAGAGGGGGCUCUGGACACAGAGGAAUAACACCAGUGAUGGCCAGAUCAUUCGUAAAGACGGCAUUGUCUUCAACGGUGAGCAAUAUGCUGUAUUAUCCUCUUUAUCGUUUACUUACUGUCAACACACCAGACUGCAGCUGUCACUAAUGUUCAGGCUAAGGGUUAGGCUGACAAAUAUUUGUAAUUGAGCGUGUGAGCUAGGAGGUAAAUUUAAUGAGGCACACAUAUGUUACUGUAGGCUGUGUUUAUAUAAGGUACUAUUUCUGUAAGAGAGUAGCCUGAGGGGGACUUUUUCAGGCAUAUAUCUCUAUGUCUUUGGAGACAAACAACACCAGGAGGAGCACUUGGAAAUACAGUGGGUUAUAGGGGAGCUUUUCCACAGAAGUAAACAAGUUUGUGCCUGCGCCUGUACCUGAGAAAUGCAUUCCUUGCAUGUGCUGAAGCUCUCACACAUAGCCAAAGGCAAAUGAGCUGAUUUCUUGCUCAGGUUAAACCUGACCUGCGAUUGUUGCAUUCAUUGACAUUUAAGGCAUCUUGACUGACCGCCUAUAUUAAUUACAUUUUUACCAACAAAUUUACUUUAGGAAUGAACCUAAUAAGUCCUCUGCCCUGACAGUGCAAGUGGUAAACUAAUGGACUCCCUAAAGAAUGAUGAGGAAAGCUUCUUUUCCUUUAAAAUCUUAUCAAAAGCUCCUGUCAAACGACAUAUUUGAUGAGAGUGGUAAUAAAUCAGAAAAAACAAAGGAAAAGAAAAGUCAGGAGAAAAGAGAGAACAACAAUAAUGUGAUAAAUACACACUGGAACAUAGAUAUGCUUAGUGAAAAAUAAAAAGUGGAAGUUCAGAUCAUGUUAGCUCACAAACAACUGUGUCCUCCAUGCUAGGAGGGAAGUAUCACCUAUGAGGGGUCAACAUGAAGUUGGCAUAGGAAGUUUAACAUUGAGAUAAGUUAAAUUGAGAAGUGGUGAUAGGUGUAUGAAGUUAUCUGUUUCUGGAUGUUCUACUUCACUUAUCAAAAGACCCUUUUUAAGGAGCAGAGUUUCUUUUUAAACACUUUCUUAACCAAAUGUGACUGCUUUUUUGUUUUUUUUUCAGAUUAUUUGAUAUAACUUUGGCUAAAAAGCCCAACUGUAUACAAAUAAUGUUAGAUCAGGCUGAUGCUUUGGGUCAUAUCACUUCACAGUCAAACGGCCCAGCCCUGACAUUCAACCUAAAGUUUUGUUUUUAAGUUCUAAAACUUCUCAACUUAAAAAUAUUGGUGAUAUUUUCAUCUUUGCCAUUGUUUUUACUCUUACAUGUUAAUGUUCAAACUGCUGAUGAAAAACCCACCUCCUCGUUAUUCCCCUAUUGUCCCUUGUGUAUGGGACCCUCAGUUUCUGGUAAUUGUUUAUGAAAAAGCAACCCCUGAGCAUGUUCGGUGUAUUCCAGUUUAAGACUGAAAACAGAACAGUUCAAAUGAGGUGUCAUAUGAACUUUUCUCCCCCCCCUCAUAAACAGAGAGAACCUUUCAUGAACUUUGGAUUUUACCACGCUGGUUUCAUAUGUAGGCAGGGGAAUGUGAGAGCCACAUCAUGAGUGGUAUCAUCAAUGUUUCACUUCAUCAUUCUGACGGAAAACUGUACAAACUAUGUCCAUCUCAAAAUGAUAUCAAACACUCCGCCUCAUAUCUUUUGCUUUAUUGUAUUUAUGCAUUGUUUUGUGUGUCUUUAAGCUCUAGAAGCAGAGAGAGUAUUUGGAGUUCUUGCCUCUCUGAUGGCGAUGAGCACUGGAGCUCUGUGUUUGGUGUUUGCCCUCUGCUGGACGUCUGAGACGGUGCGCUCCUACUCAAACACUCGCGCUCUCCUCAUGGCAGGACAGGCCCUUUAUCCCACCACACUGCUCCUGCUCACAUUUGCUGCUACAGGUAACACCACUGCACUUUUCAAAUUGAGCAAAAAGCCUCUGGUCUGAGCCUCACAGCAUGUUUUUGUGUGUCACCUUAUUAACGUUGAAAAAUUUAAAUUGGGGCAGUUUAGGAAUGAAAGAGAGAGAUUAAAAGGUAGUCCCAUUUCCAAUUAACCCCCAAAUAGCCUUUUGGUUUGUGCUGUUCAUGUCGAGCCUACCCCUCUUGAAAAUCUUUUUUAUGCGCGGCUCAUUUAUAUACCCUGCAGGGCAGCAGUUUUAAAGGGGCUUUUACUUUGGCAUUGCAAUUCAUUAUCAUACAAACCCUUUUCUAAAGCUUGAGGUCUAAAAUAAUUGACCCUUACGACUUUCUUUCUUUUCCUCACAAUGAUACUUGAGUUGACUCUUUUUCUCUUCUACCCACAGGUUUCUUCUUCCUGCUCAGCUGGUCUAUCUUCACUUAUCAGCAUCAGGAGGAGAUCCGUCAGGACCUCUCCAGCCUUGGCUCGUCCUACUGGCUGGGGGCUUUAGGAUGGGUCCUGCUGCUGAUCGUGGAGAUCAUAGUCUUUAUAGCGGAACAAGCCGUGGUUCCUGACAUCCUGCCCGACUUGGAAAAAUCUGUGGAGUCAUGGCGGUUAUCUUUUCAACUCAAGUCUGCCAAAUUCUCUGUGAGCGAUGGUUAUGACCCUUGCAUUUGCACACCAUGA